AUGAAGUUCCUCAGCCUCCUCACUCUUGCUUCCUUCGCCACGGCCUCUCCUUUCCGCCGGCAACAAACUGUCACAGGAACCAUCAAGUCCUCGGUUGACACUGUAUCAAGCUCCUCUUUGGUAACUCUCAACGAGAUCGACGAUAAUGUCCUCUUGAUCAAGAACAACGUCGAUGCGCAAGUCGUUGUACAAGCUCAAGCCCUUGUUAAGGCCAAUUACCAAGCCAUCGCCCAAGGCCUGGCUGGUUCCACAACCACGAUUGUCAGCGUCACAACAGGGGCAGCUGGUGGUGUUGCUGGCCAAGCCAUUGGUCUCACCAACCAACAGAUCGCGACACUCACUGCCUCUAUUCUCGUCGUUAUCGACAUCGUUGAGAACAUAGGCGCCACUGUAACCGUCACCGUCACAGACCUGACCCCUGCCCUGCGAGCUACUUUCCAGGCUGAGAUCAAUGCUGUCAAGGCUGCCCUCAACCCCUUCAUCAGCCCCGUUCUCCUCUUCGCGGCUGCUGUACGAGCUGCGAGCGUAGGCGGUAGUGCUACUAUCACUGGCCUCGACAAUGCCAUUGUCAAUCUCAUCAGAGUCCAGGGCGAACUCGUGGCGUCCCUCGGCAUCCCUGCCCUUAAUCUCUAA